AUGGAAUCCUUCGGAGAAAGAACAGUUGGUUCAAUCGUAGCAGAAAGCUUCAAAUCAGCAUCAACAUUCGCUAAGUUCGGUAUUGAUUUCUGUUGCCAUGGUUACAACAAAUUAAACGUUGCCUGCAAAGAAGCUGGUGUUUCACUUGAAGAUGUAUACAACGAAUUAAACAAGCCUGCAGUUUCUGGAUCUGCCCAUGCUGAAUUUUCAACAUGGCCACUCGAUCUUCUUGUAGAUUACGUCUUAAAGAUUCAUCACAGAGGCAUCAGAAAGAAUGCACCAAAUACACAGAGACUUCUUUCAAAAGUCGAUGGUGUUCAUGGAGAACAUCAUCCUGAGCUUCAUGAAGUUAAGAAACUCUUCAAUCAGUCUAUUGACGAAUUAACAAAGCAUCUUGCAAAGGAAGAAGAAAUGCUCUUCCCAUACAUCGUCGAACUCUUUAAUGCUUCUGAAACAGGAACACAAAUUGCACCAAAUAAGUAUGGUUCAGUUCAAAGCAUCAUUGAUAGCCUCAAGACUGAGCAUGAAGCUGAAGGCUCACGCUACUUCCAUCUUGCCAAAAUUACAAAUAACUAUACAUGCCCACCAGAUGGCUGCAACAGCUUCCGCUUAGUUUAUCAGCAAAUCCACGACUUUGUUGAUGCACUCUUUGAGCACAUUCAUAUUGAAAACAAUAUCAUAUUCCCUCUUGCAAUCGAACUUGAGAAGAAGUAUGUUAAAAAGGAAGAAUAA